AUGCAAGACGACGACUCGUUGCAUGUUGUCCCCGCGCCGAUCGGGAAGAAGCGCAUCCCUGUACGGGCUACAGCUCCUGGGCCUCUCCCAACUUGGAAUUGUACUAACAGGGAGUCCUUCUAUAGAAAGCAUGCAGUGCUUGCCGACAGUCCAAAGUUAGAUGCGACGGGGACCGACCGUGUGGGAGGUGAGCAUAGUACCAGAAAUCGUAUGAUCCAAAUGCUAACAUUUUCCCAAAGAUGUCAAAAGCUCGAGAAACAAUGCGUGUUCUUCGAAAUUCCCAAAGACCCAGUAUCAGAGAGACUCGAAAGCGUUGAGUCCGAGAUGCUAUAUCUCAGAAGACAGCUGGAUGACAUGCGAGAACUUCUACAGCGAACGUGUGCAUCUCCGACUAUUAAUUCUCAGCAUCUGUCGCCCAGACAGAUACGAGAACAGCCUCAGGAAACAUGCAGAGACAGUGCAUGUGCAUCAUCGUGCCCUCAGUCCGCUCAUUGCCAGGACAACAACGGUGCCUUGAUUCCAAACAACGGCUCUGUGUAUACGAAUGGGGCUGGUAAUGCAUAUCCGCGUUCUGUGCCAGAUGUUUCCCCAAAUAGUAUUCCAGUGCACCCGCUGUAUGGAUCACCUCAGACGGAGCCUAGGGCCCUUAAGAGGAAACGCUCCUGCUUUGAGAUACGCGAUGAGGCUGUGGCAGAUUUCAUUGAUAAAGGGCUUAUAACGCUUGAAUGCGCCAUUUCUUGUUUCAACACAUUUUUCCAAGGCUGUGAUCGAUAUAUCCCAAUCUUUGAUCCCGAACAUGAUACAUUUGAAUCGGUGCGGGCUCGAAGUAGUAUUCUACUCAAUGCUAUAUGCACCAUAGGCUGCAUGGUGGAAACAAAAUCUGGCGGGCCAAUGUCCGACAUGCUACAUGCCGAACUCAAAAAAUGGAUCAAUGUCAUCAUUCAGAAUAAAGGGCUCAACUCUCUCGAAUCAGUUCAGGCAAUGCUCAUAGUCGCCUGCUACUCUGGGGACCGCCUACUAAUCCUCUCAUUCGCUACUCGAAUGGCCCUUGACCUCGGUCUUCAUGAAGCCUUCGAGGAACUCACUGAAAGACUCGCGAUGAAGAAUGACGAGAAUACGUAUGGUGUUCCGGAUCACGAAUUUGAAACGGAGCGCGUGCUCAUGCGAAAGUCGAGGACCUGGUUUGGGUUACUAGUGUUGGAACAUAUUUUCCGUGUGGACGCAGGUAAGCCACCGGGGAUACGCCUAGUUGGCAAUUCCCGACGAUGCAGGAUAUUAUUGAGUAAUCCUUCAUCUGCUAUUCUGGACCUCCGGUUGUUCUCUCAAGUCGAGGUAUUUAGUUCAAACAUGUUUCCUGCGACCAUCAAUGACACGUUGGGUCCGGAGACUACACUUGAUCGACAAGGCAUAUCGGACUUUGUGCAUGAGAUGAAGAUUGAUCUUGAUUUGUGGUUUGAUGACUGGCUCCGAAUUGUCGAGGGUUGUAUACCAGCUCAACAGGAGAAACCAUAUCUUCUAGUUGCUCUCCGCGUCCAAAAGUGUUGGGCCGAGAUGAUGCUAAACUGCAAAGCGCUUCGGGCGAUGGGUGUGGAGAACGUAGCGUAUGCAAUAUCCUGCCCUAUUGGCUCACAGAUCGUGAUAGUCACUGACAGAGGUAAUGAUUCCAGUGCCAUGACCGCCACCGAGCGACAUAUUCUCCUCGCCGCCAAAGCCGCCGCCCGGAGACAUCUCCGCCUUAUCAUCGUCGAGCCGGACUUCUACCUGGCCAAACUCAAGUACGCAAUGGAUUUCGUAUGGGCGAAAUGCGCCUUCUCCUUCCUGCUCCUACUCAAGCUCUCGCGUCUUCUUCCCGAGCGGGCAGAAGAACACCAUGAGCUGCUGGAACAUGGCGCUAGACUGGUUGACGAGCUCAGCAAGGCAGGUUCAAAUAACCAUCAAUCUGGAGCGGGAAACAUUUACCUCCAAAUUCUCAAAGUCAGCAUUGAGAAGUAUGGGCGUGCGUUACAAGAGUCCCAACAGCCUAGUACUGGGGGAUCUAGUGGUACAUCGCCGUUUUGGGAACUGUUCGAUGCCCAGGCAGAUCUGCAGUGGUUCAUGCCCGAGCAGUUUGUUUCAGAGUGGGAUUUUCCGGGCUUGAAUCUCUUCUACUUUCCCACCGCGAUGCAGGACUUCUUUGGAGAUUUCUCAUUAGCCAUGUGA